AUGGAGAAGUGUAUAAUGAUCAAGAAUUUGCAGAUUGAGAUAAAACCAUGGCAGCUUUUCACUGACAAGCAACAUCUUAGAGAUGUUGUGAGAGACUAUGCAAUUCAGAGUGGGUUUUCAGUAGUAGUUGACAAAGCAAACAACUUUAGGUGGACUGUGACAUGUUCUUCUCCACAUUGUGCCUGGAGAUUGCAUGCUUCAAGGCUGCCAGAUGGUUGUACAUGGGCUAUUAAGAGCAUCAAAAGCCUUGUACACACAUGUGCUAGCAUGGAGGUUAAUAAUCCAAUGGUGAAUGUAAAGUGGGCAGCAAGGGUCCUACUAGAAGACAUUAGGGCAAAUAAUGAUAUCCCUGCUAAGUCUUUGAAUAAGCUCCUCUUUGAUAGGUAUAAUGUUGAGAUGCUUAAGACUUCCAUUUAUAAAAGUAGAGCACUUGCUUUAAGUGAGAUUCAUGGAGGUCAUGAUGUCUCAUAUGCAUACUUGCCACAGUAUUGUAAUGUGAUAAGAGAGACAAACCCACAAUCUGCUGCAUUUUGUGCAUGGUCCCCUCAAACGGACCCAGAGAGGCCUUCAUGCUUUUCAAGCAUAUUUAUUUCAUUUAAAGGGGCAUUGGAUGGAUUGUUCUCUGGGUGCAGAAGUCUUGUUGGAGUUGAUGGGGCCCAUUUAAAGGGUAAUUUUGGGGGGGUGUUGCUUUCUGCAGUUGCUCUUGAUGGCAACAAUGAACUAUUCCCAUUUGCCUGGGGUAUUGACCUUGCAUUGUCUGAGCUGUGGCCAAAAGCUGGUAGAAGGUACUGUUGCAAGCAUUUGUGCAAAACUUGGAAGAGAGUGUUUCCUGGGCCACUUAUGUUUAAUCUAUUUUGGAAGGCAGCUGGAGCUUAUUCUAAAUUCACAUUCAAGAAAGCUAUGGAGCAGCUGCAAAAGACCAGCCCUGCAGCUCUAGUGUGGUUGUCAGAGGUAGGAGAGCAAUCAACAUGGUCCAAACAUGCUUUCAAACCUCACAUUAAAUCAGAUGUGAACAAAACUAAUUUUGUUGAAAAUUCCAAUGCCACAUUGGGCAUUGAUAGGUGCAAACCAGUUCUAACAUUACUUGAAGGCAUUAGAAGAGUGACCAUGGUCAGACUUGCAACAAGAAGGCAAGCAUGUGAAGAUUGGGAGAGGGAGUGA